AUGUUUCCCGUCUCCGUACCGACCAUCUCGGUGGGCUCCAACGUAUUCUUCGCAUUCGCCCUAUUCUCUAUCUCUGCCCUCGUGCUACUUCUCCUGCGGCGGUUCUUGACCCUGCGCGCCACCCCGGGCUAUUUAAUUGUUCCCAUAUUCUUGGCUCUAGCCUUGCCCGCUAGUGUUGUCCUUCUUGUUCCCAUUGAUUUAGCGUCAAGCUCAAGAGAUGGCUCUGGCCCCAAGGCAAUCUGGCUACCAGAGCGAAUGGUUCUGGUAUGCUGGCGUAUUGCAUACUGGUUGAUCUUUGUCCUGACUUGGGCUAUCCUUCCACUGCUCGGCGAAUAUGUCGACUCUGGCUACCGUGAUCCGAAAGGCCGCCUCAUGUACUCCCUCCGAUCGAACGCCCAAUACCAGUUGAUUUGUCUGACCUGCGCCAUUGUGGGGCUGGUCUACGUCUCUAUCUCCAAUGGAUUCGAGUUUACAUCCAUCAAGGGACUUAUCAUGGCCUUGGCAUAUGUAUGGGGUCUGGUCCUUGCCAUUUAUCUCAUGGGUCACGGUUUGGUUUCUAUCCCGCGCAAUCUUCUCCGCAACUCCAACGUCAGUGGUCGGCUGCGAAGAAUCCAAGCGCAUGCGCCCAAGAUUCACGAUCGCUUGAUGGACUCGGUGAACGAGCUGGAAAAUCUCAACGGGCAGGUCACUCUUCUGCAGCGACGCAAGACUGGAACUGCUCGUGACUUCCAGGAGUGGAUCGAAGAGCUGAAGGAGGGGCACGGUCAGCCUGAUGUCCGCGCGCCAAUCUUAGAAGCCCCCGAAAGUUCUGCUACGAUACCCUCUGUCAUCACGGAGCGCUAUUUGGCUGACCUCACCCGGCGACUUCAGCGCGCUCGACACAUGAAGGCUCGGUUUGUAGAUGAGUGGGAUCGCACGGUCCAACUCUCUGCCGAUCUUCAAGCCAUCAUCAACUCUGCCGCCUCCAAGAAGCUCGAGUUUGCCCCCGCUCCACGUCGAUCUUCAUUGAUGCCUCGCGUCAAGGUGCUCACUCCGUACAUGCGGUAUCAAGUAUACUCCAACGUCAUCCCCUCGGUUCGGAUGGCAUUCGGCGCAUUCUUCACCCUGGUCUCGGCCUGCAUUGUUUGGUCCGAACUCAUCAAGUCUCUGGCCCCACACCUCUCCGCCGUGAGCUUGACGGUGGUCCCCAAUUGGAAAAGCCAACCUGUCGGCUUCGGCGGUCAGGUCGUCGCCUCUGCCUGGCUCCUAUACAUGUGUUCAGCGGCUAUGGUGGGUAUCAGUGAUGUCAAGGUGUGGGGCAACCGAGCGCUUGUCCGUCGCAAUACAUACGGCGAGAGUGCCUGCUGGUAUGCUGGUCUUGUGGCUCGUCUGACGGUCCCGAUCGCAUACAACUUCUUGACUUUCUUGCCCAAAGAAUUCCGACGAACCACAACGUUCUACGAGUUCCUUGGCAAACUGAUCAACUUGACUCCAUUGGGCAAAGGCUUUGAUUUCAUCUUCCCCAUCCUCAUUCUACUGCCCAUCUGUGCAACUCUGUUCAACCUGUACGGACGCAUCAAGAACAUAUUCGGGUGCGGACUCGCAGAAGAGGAUGAUGUCCACGACGUCGAGAACAACCCCGCCGGUUACGGCAUGGGAGGCUGGCGCGAAGGACGGGACCUGAUCGAGAGAGAGUUGAACGGCUUCGGCUCGUUGGCAGUGUCUUCGCGCGGCAGCCGCUCAACCUGGGCCUCGGAUCGCGACGACGAAGGGUCUCCUGGCUCAUCUCGACUCCGAGUUCCAGUUGCGGAGGGCUCUCGCUCCCCCCAGGCUAACCAGCGCACAUUGUCUACGCCGACGGUCGUGGAUGGCGAGGAAGAUGAGGAAGAAAACUUCUUCCAGUCGUUCGCGCAUCGGGUGAAGAACACAUUCGAGACUACCAAUACUCCACAGUGGUUCCAGGGCGAGCCUUUCCGGCUCCCUCGUUGGUGGUCGGGUGAUAGUAACGCCGCGGAAGAAGGGGGCGUGACAAGCGGUCGGGCUGUGCCUGGUCGCCUGCGUCUUGGUUAG